UACCAUGGACUUUAUGCCCCCUUCCUUUCUUUCACUAAAUCAAGCAACAUCUAUUGUCAUCCCUUUCAACAGUAGCUUCAAUGAUAGCCAUGGCUGCUAAUACUAAACCCACCUUCUCUCUCCUCUUACUCGCCAGGCUCUCUGCUACACUCGUCGCCAUUCUUCUUCUCAGUUGGGCUCUCUACUUCACCACCAGCUUUCUUCCUCACACACUCUCUCAGCGAGACCUCAUUUACUCUGUUCUGCAUCCUUUAUUGAUGGUGAUUGGGUUCAUCCUCAUCAGCGGAGAGGCAAUAUUGGUGCCUAGAUGGUUGCCUGGUUCAAGAAAAAGAAAGAAAAUGGUGCAUUUGUGGCUACAAGGAGUGGCAUUGACAAGUGCGAUAUUUGGGAUUUGGACAAAGUUUCAAGGAAGAGAAGGAGUAAUAGCCAAUUUCUUUAGCUUGCAUUCUUGGAUGGGUCUCCUUUGUGUCUCUCUUUUUGGAGCUCAGUGGUUGAUGGGUUUCUUAAGUUUUUGGCAUAGAGGCGAGGUACGAAUGACUAGAAUACGGUUUUUGCCUUGGCAUGUUUUCCUUGGUCUUUAUACAUACGGGCUAGCUGUAGUGACAGCCGAGACGGGCCUUCUUGAGAAGUUGACUUUCUUGCAAACCAAGGGAGUUGUGUUGAAACACUGCACCGAGUCAUUGAUCGUUAAUUGUUUAGGGCUCGGAUUGGCCACACUUUGUGGGGUUGUGAUAUUAACCGCAGUCUCACCCAAGCAAUAUCAAAGUAGUCACACAACAAAGGUCGUGAAUUCAAAUAGCAAGUGCUUGACUUUUUAGCCAAAUUUUUGUACAUAUGCACGUUCAUUUAAAAUGCUUUUACAUUGUUCUUUAAUAACGUUUUUACCAAAUAAUCCAUUUGACCUA